AUGUCUUCGUACAGUCUGGUACAGCAAACUUUUGUUGUAUUUUUUCCGACCAAGCACGAGAAUACAUCUCAAUAUCAGAGCUAUUACAAGAGUUUGACAAGCGUAAGUCCGAGCUUUGCCGAAGACAUCUCUUUAUGUCAGGCUCGUUUUGACUUACAAUCAAUAUGCGGAGCAUUCCUGGAUGCCAAGACUUUUGGAAAGUUGAGAAUAGGGUAG